GUAGAAAGUCAUGAAACGCGCCCAAACGCGCCGCACUCGACUGGGCGUGUUUAUUCUUAGUGGUUCGAAUCUUCGAUACAAUUGUUGGAUUCGGAUAUUCUUACGAGGGAAACAUAAGAUUUAUUUAUACGAAUAAGUACUCAAAAGAAAUGGAAGAAAUACGGUGAGAGCGAAAAAACGAAAAUGUAUGGCCUAUGCUAAAGUGUUCAAAAAUCUUCAACAGCGAUAUUGUAAUUCGAAUUGAGAGGGGGAGAGAGAGAGAGAAAGUGUACAUUUCGAAAAUGAUUACCAUUCUCCAAACAAUGACACCAAUCAUCAUCGCUUGCUGGUUCUACUGCCUGUUGGGCGUUGUCGGUCAGUAUGAGUGGCAAACUCGCGACUCCUUCGAUGAGAUCCGUAUGCAGAUGGAUAAGGUGAAUGAGGAUAAUUGCCAAAUACAGCAUCUCGGCGAUUUGUAUCUGCCGGAUGACUCGGUAUCGCAUUUGCCUGACAUAAAGGACAUCAACAUCAAUCCAGUGUUUCCGAAUCGUACAGCUCUGUUACAUCUUCAUAACAUGGCACUCAGCAGAAGCUUCUUCUGGAGUUACAUUCUGCAAUCACGCUUCAUCCGACCAGCGAUCAAUGAUACUUAUGAUCCUGGCAUGAUGUACUAUUUCUUGUCCACAGUAGCAGAUGUUUCUGCUAAUCCAUACAUCAAUGCUUCAGCUAUCUAUUUCUCACCUAAUAUGUCUUACUCACCUUCCUAUAGAGGAUUCUUCAAUAAAACUUAUCCCAGAUUUGCACCACGAACUUUCAGAGCAGAUGAUUUCAAUGAUCCUAUACAUUUGGAAAGAAUAUCUACUAGAAACACAUUCACUGUACAGGAUUUAGGUUCAUUUCCUAGUACCAGACUCAGUGAUGAUUAUACCACUGAUUUUUAUCGUAUAAACGAAUGGUACAAAAAAUGGUUACCAGAUAAUGUAGGUAAAAGACAUGAUACUAAAACGACAUAUCACGUUGAAAUUCGUUAUGCUAACAAUACAAAUGAAACAUUUAACUUUCAUGGUCCACCUGCUGCUGAUGAAUAUCCUGGACCUGUGCAAUGGACUAGACCUUAUUUUGAUUGUGGCCGAUCAAAUCGAUGGCUUGUAGCUGCGGUAUCACCUGUAGCAGAUAUCUAUCCACGGCACACUGGUUUUAGACAUAUUGAAUAUCCAAAAUACACUGCUGUUUCAGUGAUGGAAAUGGAUUUUGACAGAAUAGAUAUAAAUCAAUGUCCGAAGGGUAAAGGAAACAGUGGUAACAACAGAUUUGCUAAUACCGCAAGGUGCAAGACUGAUACUACAGAGUGUGAACCAAUACAUGGUUGGGGUUUUAGAAGAGGUGGAUAUCAAUGUAGAUGUAAACCAGGUUAUAGAUUACCGACCGUCGUACGACGAUCUUAUCUCGGUGAAAUAGUGGAAAGAGCCACACAAGAACAAUACUAUAAUGGUUUCGAAUGUUCGCGGAUUGGCUGGGUUCAUAAAAUGCCAGUACAAUGGGAGAAAGCAAAACCAUAUCUCAGAGAAAAAUAUCUCGAGCAAUAUCAUCAUUAUAGAAAUUAUUCAACUGGUUCAUCUUCGUUACAGGAUACAAAAUUGAACAUUGACCAAGCUCUUAAAUUCAUUUUGGGUAUGAACAAGGACACUUGCAAGAAUAAAACGUUACCAGAGUUAAUGUUACGUGGAGACAUUAGUUUUGGUGCAGAAGAGUUUUUCGAAAAUGAAGCGAAAAUGGCGACCAGAUUAGCAAACUUUAUCAGUGCAUUUCUACAAGUAUCAGAUCCCUUGGAAGUUUACUCUGGCAAGAGAGUAGCCGACAGACCGCUAACAGAAGAUCAAAUGAUAGGGGAGACACUAGCCUUGGUGCUUGGUGAUACAAAGAUAUGGACAGCUGGCACUUUCUGGGAUCGUAAUAAAUUUACCAACAGAACAUUCUUUGCCCCAUAUGCUUACAAGACACAGUUAAAUACGCGCAACUUUAAACUCGAAGAUUUAGCUAGACUCAAUAAAACAGAUGAAAUAUACACGAAAAAAAGUUAUUUUCAAACAUUGAAGCAACGUUGGGCAACAAAUUUUGAUCAAUUGGAGAAAUAUUAUAUGAAGAUAAAAAUUCGAUUUAAUGAAACAGGAGAACACCUGAAAAAGUACGAGCAUUAUCCAAAUUAUUACAGGGCAGCAAACCUGGAUCAUGGACAUUGGACAACUCCAUACUUCGAUUGUAACGGUACGAAUAAGUGGGUAAUUACCUAUGCAUCCCCAUUUUUCGGCUGGGACAGCUUGAAGGUGAAACUGGAAUUCAAGGGUAUCGUGGCUGUUACUAUGGAUAUGCUUCAGUUAGAUAUAAACCAAUGCGAUGAUAAAUUUUACAAACCAAAUGCAUUCAAGGAUACACACAAGUGCGAUAGAAAAACAUCAUAUUGCGUACCUAUCCUUGGAAGAGGAUUUGAAACAGGUGGAUACAAGUGUGAAUGCAAACAAGGCUUUGAAUAUCCAUUUGAGGAUUUAAUUACAUAUUAUGAUGGACAAUUAGUGGAAGCUGAAUUUAACAAUAUUGUUAAUGAUAAAGAAACAAGAUAUGAUAUGUUCAAGUGUCGAUUGGCUGGUGCUUCGUCAAUUCAAGUAAGUUCGAUACUACUGUUAUCAGUACUGAUGAUAUUCUUUCUAAUUCAAAGAAGAAUUGAAAACGUUUUUAAUAUUUUAUGAGAUAAAAUAGCUAGUGCUACAAUUGCUGUAUUAGCAAUUGCCUUUUUUUAAGCCGUCCAUUAUAAAUGUAAGUACUACUAAAAAUAUUUAGGAUAUCCCAAACGUAUCGCACUAUCUGGUAAUGGCAGAUUUCUGAAGUCAUUUUGAGAUGAAAAUUCUAAUACCAAAAUGUUGGGUCUAUAAUAGUUUUUGAA